GAUCUAAGCAAGCAUCGACACUGCUCCGUUAUUUCCUUUGCUUUUAUUAUGACAUAUAUAUGCAUAAGAACAUAAUGAUAAAUUAGGUUAUUAUGCAUAACAAAUUCUGCAUAUACUGAAAGACCUAAGAUGUAUAUAAUAAUGGUUAUGUGCAUAAAUAUCAGGUAAACGGAAGUCGUCUGAUGCAAAUCCUAGUAAAGGCGUGAAAUCAAUAAAAUUUUGUGUGGCUUCUGAUCGGCCAACUCCCGAACUUCAGGACCGUCAUAUUAAAGACGAAAAAAUCUCAAAUAAAAAUGCUAAUUUGAACCCAUCUUCUAAGCAUUCCACAUCUGUAAAUGCAUGCCAUGAUAAAUUUGAACAGCAACCAAGUAAAAUCUCUGAAUCAUCUGCAAAGCAUACUAAAAUAGAUGUAAGACUCUUACAGCAUAUUGCUGACGAAGUAAAGAAACAAAUUACAGCAAAAGAGAGGCCUUUUGAUGCAAUAUCACAUGCAGUUGAAAUUUUAGGAAUUAAAAGAUUGUCACAAUUCAAAACCAAAAAAACGAAAACUGGAUCACAGACAAUGUAUUCUUGUGAUUUCAGUAUUGAUCAUUUUAAAAUAUCAUCUGAAAUUGAUGUAACUCCUUUUAAAGCAAAAUUAAAAGCGGCAGAGUCUGGAGUUGCUUAUUUUAUGAAUCCAUUAAAUUUCAAUUUAAAAUCAUUUACAAGAGUAAAAAAUGAAGAUGUCUCUGAACAUGAACAACAGCAAAAUAAUGCAGCCUCCAAAGGUAUUAAAUUAGAAGAAAUAGCUUCAUCAAUAGAGGAAGAUAAAUCUACUAAUAGUACAGUAUGUACAGACAAAAAAUCAAAGGCAGUUAAAAGCAAUCAUUUAAAUUAUAUCCAGAAAUACAUACAAGAAGUUCGAAAUCUGCUUGCAAAAAAAGUGUUUCCUGCAUGUGCUAUUAGAGAUGCUGCUCAUAAUAUGAAAAUAACGGAUAAAAUUGAUCUCCAGGUAAAUAUGGAUCCGAAGAGUCCUAAGCAUAAACCUGUAUUUAAUGCUCGCUUUUCCAUAGAAAAUCAUUUAAUUGCAUCCUCAAAUGGUAGCAGCAAAAAACAUGCUAGGGUGACUACCUUAGAAUCUGCAAUUAAUAUUAUGUUAAAUCCAUCAGAAUUAGUGUCUGUGCUAAGUAAUGUAUGCAAACAGUGUAGAGAUAAAGCUUUAGAGGAUACAUUUAGUAAUAAUAUGCAUAUUUCAAGUAUAGCAGAUGGUUCUGAAAAAGCAGAAUCUGAUUUAUCAGUCAACUUAGAACAACAUAAGAUUUCUGUUAAAGACUACUGUCAUCCACAAGAGAAAUCUGGGAAAACAGAACCUGUUAUAUUAACAAACUCAGAACAGAUUAGGACUUCUCCUGAAAAUAAUCUUACUUUUCAGGAGAUGCCUGGAAAAGUAGAACCAGGCUUAUCAACUGAACCAAAACAACAAAGGAAAAAUAAUCAUAAUGUACCAAAAAUGGGAAAUGUAAUUUCUUACAGAAACAAUAAUAAGCAAAAUCUAAAAAAAUUAUGUUUUUCUGAUAUGGAUGAUCAGACUCUCAUUAAGAUUCUAUCAGGACGACUUAAAAAUAUUACACAAAAAAAUAUGAAUUCAUACAAUAAAAUAUUACUUGCAGUAAGAGCUACGAAUAUGAUGGAUUUUAUAAAAUUUAAUACUACUACAAACUCUAAUAUAACAGGAGACAACCUUACAUUCUGUUGUGAAUUUUAUGUGAGAAAUACCUUAAUAGCCAGUGGGACAGGUCUCGAGGUUAAGAAAGCAAUGCAAAAAGCUUGUGAAAAUACUUUGAGUGUUCUGACUGGUGAAAGCAUUGAUAAUGUUGCACCUCCAUGUGAAACAGAAACUAGUCUGUAUGAUGCAGUUUCUUCAAAACUGAAAAAUGUGUCGUUUGAUUGUGUAAACAAACCAUUGUUUGAUUCUUCAGUUCAAAGAAAAUUUGUCUUACUUGAUGAUUCAGAGUAUAAGUUAAAAUGUGAUACGAACCCAACGUCUAUACUUAUAGCUUCUGCAGCAUUUAGUCAUAAAGCAUGCACAUAUAAAUAUGAAACAGUGGAGAGUGGAAUGCCACAGAAGUUAAUCAGGGCUGAAAUUAAUUUUGAUGGAGAGACUGUUGGCAGUGGUACAGGAACCACUAAAAAAGAGGCUAAACUUGCAGCUGCGAGAGAUACUUUGGAAAAACUUAGGAAAAAGGUUUAUACUAUAAAAGUAAAAAACCAAGAUGCAAGUGGGUUCACUAUAGAGCCUGAGCAGUUAAGAAGUGCUCCAGCUGUUUCCAGUGCUCUAACAGAAGAUAAUAUUGGAUGUAAAAUGAUGAAAAUGAUGGGAUGGACUGGUGGAGGCAUUGGUAAAAGUAGUGGCAUUACCGAGCCAAUUUCGGUAAGUGAGCAUAGGUUUGGACAAGGCUUAGGAUAUGUAGAUAAUAAGAACAAUAAUCCCCAAAUGAAAGAUUUUAAAUCUAGAGUUGCCUCUGUGUUAAAGGAUUACAGUAUGUCAAGCACAACAAGUGACCUUAUAUUUUCCUCAAGAUUCACCAAAGAAGAAAGAGCAGAAAUUCACAAAAUUGCAUCAAGAUUUGGUGUACAGACAUCAAGUUAUGGGAAAGGAAACAACAGAUAUAUGAUUGUAAAACGUAGAUUUCAAGUGCUGGACCUUUUAUAUUUGUUAUUACAAUCAGGAGGCUCAACUGAGAAGUAUGAGCUUGUGGAUCGGUCAACUUGAAAUAUUAAACUGUUCUUUUUCUGGAUAUAGUAAUUAUAUCCAUUGUAUAUAGAAAAGUUUGUGGAAUGUACAUUUUUCAGCCAAAAAAUGCUUGUGUGAUUUGAUAAAGAUAUUUUAAAUGAAUUUAAAACCUUUUUCUUUCAUUAUUAUUUACUGGAAUUCAAUUUCUACAUGUAAUAAAAUAUUUCCUAGUAAAACAAGCACCAUGAGGGGGAGGUUGUUUAGAAACAUGCAUAUUUUUCUCUCAAUCAAAAUUUUAACUUGCUGUUAAAUUGUAUUUUUUAUAAAAAUUUAGAACUUUGACUAAUAGAAUGUUUGGGACUAAGGAAUUCAUAAAAGAGUCUUUAUUCUUUAUACACAUAUAUACUCAUAAGUGUACAUCUCAGUUGUAUACGAAACAGUGGGGUAUUAUUUGGUGCUAUUUUGCAAAUGCUUCUUGUUAAUUUGUCAAGUUGAAAUAUUAUACAUAUGUAUAAAGUUGAAAUAUUAUACAUAUAUUCAUUUGUUUUCAAGUUGUGAAGUAUGCUUUCUCUCCAUCUUUCUAUAAAUGUAGCUGCUUUCUUUUCCUAAAAAUAUAGUAUGUUGUAUAUUUAAAUUUUUUAUACAUUACUGGUGUAAAAUGUGUAUGCUAUAAUUUAUGAACAUUUUUUCAGAGAACUUUUAUAAUCAAAUAUUCAUACAGCAAAUUUUUUCUAAUAUAAUAAUUCUGCAAUUUAUUAAUUUUAUCCAAUAUUAGUAUAAAUGCUAUGCUUAAAAAUUUCUUUGGGAUUGUGCUGUUAGCUAUCUGUAUUUGUAUUUAUUAUUUACAGCAUUACAUUGUUUAAAAUAUAUAUAUAUAAGAACAUAAGUGAAAUGAAAAUUAUGGAAUUUGUCUGUGUUAUGUAGAUAAUAUGCUACAUCUUGAAAAUCUAAUAUGAUUUAAAAUAAUUUAUAUAUUAUGAAAAAAUGUUGUUAAUGUUUCGGAAAUAAUAGGACUAUUUUUAACGUCAAAUGUAUGACUGUAUUAUGUAAAUUCUAUGCUUAAAUGAAAAAAAAAAAUGCCAUUCAUAGACAGAAGAAAAGGGAUAUCAAUUAUUUUGCAUAGGAGUAUAUUAAUUAUAUUAUUCUGGUAAACAAAAUGAUGAAUAAAUAUAGCACUCUGAAAUUUGCUAUCUUUUUAUGUAA